AUGGACAAUGGACUUCUGAACGGCGUUUUACUUCUGGAUUUAAAAAAGGCAUUUGAUUGUGUAGAUCAUCAAAUCUUACUAAACAAAUUAGCAAUGUAUGGAAUUCGUGGUAUAACAUUAAAUUGGUUUAAGUCGUAUCUCUCCAAUAGAAAGCAAACUUGCAAAGCUAACAACAUAUUUUCAGAAAUGAAACCAAUUAAAACUGGUGUGCCGCAAGGCUCCAAUUUAGUCCCCCUGCUAUUUAUUAUCUAUGUCAACGACUUACCUAAUUGUCUAGACAGUGCUAGUGCAAGCAUGUUUGCCGAUGAUACAAAUAUAACAGCAACCGGUCAGACAGUACAACAACUCCAAAGUAAUUUGAAUAACAAUUUAGAAAAAGUACACCACUGGCUUCUCGCAAAUAAAUUAACUCUUAGUUACAAUAAAACAGAGUACAUGAUUAUUGGUUCAAGACAAAAAAUACUAAACAUUCAAGAAGAACCAAUAAUAAGCAUAGGUAAUGAACCUGUAAAGAAAAUUAAUAAAUGCAAAACACUUGGAGUUAUAAUCGAUGACAAAUUAAUGUGGAAAGACCAUAUAAAUGAAAUCAAUGCAAAAGUUUCGAAAGUUUUAGGAAUAAUGAGAAGGAUCAAAUCGCUUGUAACCCAAUCUGUCUUGCAAACUAUAUACAACAGCUUAAUACUCCCAUAUUUCGAUUACUGUAGCAUGGUAUGGGAUAA